AAACUAAGAAAAAUUACAAAUUGGAGGGAGAUUGCUCCUACACUAAAUUGGGUUCCCGCCAUUUGAACUCUCUAGAUUCUCUCUCUUUCUAAAACAGUGAGGACGGAGACGAAGACGGUGAAGCAGAGGGGAAAGGAUAAUUUCGGAAGCAGCCAUGGAAGAGAAAUCCGGCGGCCUGGAGAUCGUCUCAAUUGGCAAGCUGUACAGCGGUCCGUGGGACAAGAAGUACUGGAGCUCCACUAGGGGAAAAGACCGCUAUCCAUAUCCUGUUGGAUACAAAGCUUUACGUAAUCAAAAUGGAGUUACCUAUAAAUUGGAAAUCCUUGAAGGUCUUAAAGGGCCCCUUUUUUCGAUUAGUUCUAUCGAUGGUCAGUCAUAUAGUGGGCAAACUCCUGAUAUGGCAUGGGAGUGCUUUCAGAAGAAAGGAUGUCCUCGAGUAAAGUCAUUGCCUGGGAAGAGAUUCUCCUGUAAAAUAGACGGUGUUGAAUUUUUUGGAUUCAAGAAUGCAUCUGUCCAGAGGUUACUCAAGGAACUAGUUGCAGAUGUCACUGAAACUGCUGAGAAGCUUCCACCAGCUUCCCACUCCCACAAAAACACGGUUUUGGAGACUAACAAUCCAAGCCAAUCCAUUGAAACAGAAGUAACAGGAAAGAGGAGUAGGAGAGAAAAAAUAAACUCAUACAAUAAUACUGGCCUCAAAAAGCACAGACAAGGAAAUAAAAAAGGCAACUCCGAUGCUUCACAUUCUAUUCACGAGAAACAUGAACCAAUUAAUAGUACCAAAGUAUUGUCAGGAUCUGUGAGAUUGGAAUCUAUAAUGCAAAAUGAGGAAAAACAAGUUUCAAAGGAGGACAGUUCACAAUUGGUGUCUCUAAAUAUAAAGGAUCAUCCCAAGGCUUGUCGUCUCUUUUCACAAGAUGAAAAUAAAUUUUCAACUCGUCCAAUUCAACCACCUUUAGAAGAAGUGGGUGUUUUGCAUAAAGAUGGAAAACUUUUUGGCAGGUUAGAAGUUUUAAAAGCUGAGGUGCACGGUAACCCUUUCGCAAAGGAAAAUAAUGAAGAAACACUAGUCACAAAUGAUUUGCAUGUAAAUAAUGAUGUGGACCUUGACACACAUAAUAAUUUGGAUCACCAAAGAGAUGACUCUUUUAAUCUAGCCUCAACUUGUGGAAGAAAAGAUGGAAUGAGUUCCCAUGACACAGUCAUUCCUGAUAUUCUAAAAACUGGUUCACAUAAAGAAGAAGAACUGAAAAUACCUUAUUCAAAUUUAAGCUCAUCAAAGAUUGAGUUUGAGCGAUAUCCUCAGGAAAUAGCCAAGUCAAUGUUGUCAAUUCUACUCCCUGAGCCACCAUCUCUGAUCAAGACAUUCUCAAGGAAGAAAAAAAAUAAUGCAGAACCACAAGGAAGAUCUCUCUGUAUGUCUAAGGAAGAAAAUAAGAGUGACCCUGAUAGUAUCACAUGUGUCAGCAAGCUUUCUGAGAAAUCAAAUUUGGAAAUGGAGGGAAAGAUUGAAUUUGCUCAAGGAGGUCGUGCUUCAGAUAUAUCUUGUGGACAUGUAGAAUCCAUAGUUCCUGAUAGUUUGGAUAAUGAUGAGGAUACUGAACUACCUGAGUCAUCUGAAAUUGUAGAAGCGGAUAAAAGUUUUCCAGCUCUUGAUACUAAACUGCAUGAAAAAACCAAACUGCCAGAUUUUGUUGACUCAGAUGAAGGAUCACUAGUUUGCAAUGAUUUCCAGAUGGAUUUAUGCUCCAAUCCCAAAGACAUGCGGAGCAGUGAUAUCAGUAUGGCUUGCAAGACGACUUUGGUGACAGCUUCAAUGGAAAAUGUUACUAACACCAUAAACAUAUGUGGGGCUGUAAGUAGUGAAAAUGUCUCUAUUGUUGAACCAAUGCUAGAAAAUGUUCCUCUCUCAGAGAGCAUCAUAUGCCGGGAAUUCAUAGAUGACUCCGCUGCAGAGGUAUUUGCCAAAGCAAGUUCUUCGAGUGCUUUACACACAUCACAAUGGUAUGAUCACUGCCAGACAGCCCAGACUCAAGAGGAAAGAAACUUAUUUGGUAAAGAACAGAAAAAUGAUCCCUCACUGCUAUGCCCCCAUGUUGAGGAUAGAGCAACAAGUAUUGAUGGUGUGCUUCAUGAUGCGAGCCCUUUGUUUCAAAAUCAAGAAAAUAGUAGGAUAUUGGAUGGUAAACAUAAUUCAGAUGGUCACCCAACAAAUUCUUGCCAAGAAAUAUUUAAACUUGAUGCUGCAGCCGAGCACCUUCGAGAUAAAAAAUGUGUUACUUCGUUGUCAUAUAUGCAAAAUGAAAGAAAUGAUACUUCUGGUGGCUUGAGCGAAAAGCAAAUUGAAAAUAAUGGUUCAAUCAUGGAUAUAGAAAAUAGUAAGAGCAAGCUAAAAGGCGCUUUGAAGAUUGUUGCUUGCUAUGUUCAUCCUGAGCCAGUUUCAAUGGUACUGGUGACAACUACCGAAAAAGAAGUUCAUAUUUGUGUUUUAUGUGGGCCCAAUUCGCAAAAGGGAAGAAAGCUUUAUCUAUACAAGGCACCCAUAAUGGGGGAUGAUGAGGGACACCCUUCUUUUGUUGGAUAUACGUCAUUAAUGUUACCAUUUGGAAGAGAAAUCGAACUAGACAGUUCUGCUUUGCAGUUUUCUCCUUACGGGCAAUACCUCUUGUUGUUGAACUGUAUAAAAGUUCCAUGCUGCAGGAAGGGUGAUGUAAAUUGUCGCUGCUCAGCAUGUGCAUCAGAUCUCCAUGAUAAUGCAGUAAAAAUCAUGCAAAUUAAAGCUGGUUAUGCUUCAGUAAUAGCUAGAUUACAAUCAACAAAAAGUGUCCGCUGCAUAUUAGCAUGUAUACCUCAUCACCUUAUUGCUGCUGAUAACAGUGGGAAGCUUUACAUUUGGCUAAUGGACUCGAAAUGGAGAGAGAAGACAGACGAGUGUUUUGUGCAAUCAACAAGUUGCAUGACCCCUUUAACAAGGUUGAAGAGAAUACCAAACCUUGUGCAUCUGGUCCUCGGUCUUAAUGGGUUUGGGGAGUUCAGCUUAUGGGAUAUAAACAAGAGAGUUCUUGUUUCCAAAUUCUCUUCUCCUCACACUUCAGUUUUUCAAUGUGUUCCUCUUAGUCUGUUUACAUGGAAGGCGAGAUGCAAUAUCCUUCAAGACCUGUACAUUGAGGAGGUUUUUAAUGAAGUCGUGGAUGCCACUAAGGAAUCAUUUUCAGGAAAAGGUGACACCGAUACUGUCUGCUACUUAGAAGCUGACGAGGUGGGUGUUUGGCUUUUGGUUUCAACUACCCUUGAAACCAAAGCUGGGUAUCAAUCAAGUGACCUAAGUGAUCCAGUUAGAUGUUGGAAGCUUGCUUUACUGGCUAAGAACACCGUAAUCAUGGGAGAUGUGCUGGAACCCAGGGCUUCUGCUGUGGGUGCCUCUGGUGGCCAUGGAAUUAUCGGUAGAAGUGACGGACAUGUCUACCUCUGGGACUUCAUCACUGGAACUAAACUUGGUAGCUUGCACCACUUCAAAGAUGGAUCGGUUUCAAGUAUUGCAACAGACGAUUCAAAGAUCGGAGCUUUGGCCAUAGCCAACGAUGGAGGUCAACUGCUUGUGUAUUUGCCCUCUUGAACUCAUAGGUUUUUUCCCAGAAACUUCUUAUAUGAGAGACUCUGCAUCAGCAAGCAAUAAAUGGGACUGGUAUGU